UUUACUUUUUGUUAAACUAGUCGUAUUUAUCAGAUGUCCCAACUGAUAACGCGUGUAGUUUAAACAUAAAGUUUUAUUAUUUGACAAAAAGGAUUCUAAAUUAUGUUCUCUUGAAUUUUAGAAGGCUUAAACAUCUGAUCUAUAAAAUGCCAUUGGUGACUUUUAAAGAUGCUGGCGGAGACACUAUUCGCUUCAUGGAGGUAGACGGAACGCGUUAUCCUUACAUUUCACAGAUCGACCAGAAAACGGCAAUAAGGGCUGCUGCUGGCACUAAAGCCCGAGACGAUGAUGUUCUGUUAAUAACCUAUCUGAAGUCAGGAACUCAUUGGAUGUGGGAGGUAUUAUCAAUGUUGAAAAAUGGUAAAGCAGAGACUAUUCCAAAAGUGAAGCAGACAUCUAUGAUUGAAGCAAUUUCCGAAGAAAACUGUGCGUCAAUUCCUUCUCCAAGGGUUCUCAAUGCACACUUCCGGUUUGAUCAAAUACCAAAAGAUAUGAAAGAAAAGAGGACAAAGGUAGUGUUGUGUCAUCGAAAUCCAAAGGAUGUAGCAGUUUCGCUGUAUCACAACCACUUUAACAUAAAUGCUGUUUACGACUACAACGGAACGUGGGAUAACUGGUUUCCCCUUUUCUGCAAGGGAAAUGUUGAUUAUGGAUCUUGGUUCGAUUAUGUUUUGGAUUGGGAGAAAGCAAUUCAUGAAAAUCCCGAAUACCCCAUACAUCUUAUGUUUUUUGAAGAUAUGAAAGAGAACAGCUUCAGGGAAGUAAAGAAAUUGGCAAAGUUUUUAGAAUUGCACUGCACUGAUGAACUAUGUCAUGCUAUCGCUGAAAAAUGUAAGUUUGAGAAUAUGAAAAAGGACAAGGUUGGUCUAGAUAAUGAAUACUGGCUUGGUAUCUGGAGAGAUAAGAAGAAUGGAUACUACAGAAAAGGUACAGUUGGAGACUGGAAGAAUGCAUUUUCCGUGGCUCAGAAUGUACUAUUCGACAGACUCUAUGAAACGAAAAUGGCAAACAGCAAACUGAAAUUCAGAUUUGAACUGUAGAAAAAUGAUGUUACCCUUUGGAAAUAACUGUCGAAUCAUGUAGUUAAUCAUGUAAUUAAUCCCAUUGUUCAAGCUUAAUAUUUAUUUUUCACAAAUAAUUUAGAUUCAUUAGUUCUUUCAGCCACUAAAACUACAAAAAGGAAAUAAGAAAUCCCCACAAGUAUUGAGCAUACCAUAUACAUCAAAGUUAACGGUGCAAAUAGUGUUACUUAAAUGGCGGAAAGUGGUAAAACGGACGGUGCGCUGUAUAUAAUGUGUUGCUACAUGUAUAUUAACACGAAAACUUUUUAUGUAAGACAAUCAAAGACAUAGCAUUUUAUGCAAAAUUAUGGUACCUUUCGGGCAAUGUUUUAUUAUUAGAUUUUGUUAAAAUAUAUUGUGGCUCUUAAAUAUUUAUUUUAGUACAUGUUUCUUAUAACGGUAUAUCCACGCAUUCAAUAAUGCUUUUUCCCCAGCAAUCAUGAUAGUUUGAAUCAAUGCUCAUCAUUUUACAGUGAAUAAAGCCAGCAAUACUCGAAAUACAACUUCUUAAAUCAAAUCAGGCAAAUCAUUUGCCUUAUUGAAACAGGGAAUGCUAGUGUUAAAGAAAAAUAUCAGUGUCUUUUAUAGUGUUCUAAAUACGGUACUAAGUGGAGGUUUAUCUUUCGUUAUCUCUUCCUCGGGAAUCUUGAGCUCUGCACAAAAUGUUUAGGCUUCAAUACUCCCCCCCCCCCUCUCUCUCUCUCUCUCUCUCUCUCUCUCUCUCUCUCUUAGGUGUUUGCCUAUUUGUAAAUAAAUGCGAUUGAUAAUGUUUCAAAUAAAUGUUAUAAACUGAUAUAAACUGUCAUUUUAAAAAAUAAUAUCAUCUUCAGAUUUAUCGAAACCGGGAGUACGUCGCCAUUUUAUCCUGCCAUUAAAUUUGGAUCCUCCGACUGGACAAGAUUCAUAUACAUGUACGUACCCUGCUCGCUACAAACGAAAUUACAUCUCCUUUUAGCAAUUAACCAUGAAGCAAAUUUACAAAAUGUAUACUAAUAUUGUGUACAAAUUGUUCUUUAUUUGUAUAUACAUGUUGUAAUGUAAUACAGAGCGUGCCAGCAUCAUUUUUCUAGUAAAAAGUAUAAAGCUGUACUUGAUCCACAUUUUCUAUGUUCGUUAUAACCUGUACAUUUCGUUCUCCUUGUUAUCUCUAUUUAUCAAUCAUCAAGGUAUUAAAGGAUCUAACACCUCGUGUAUAAUACAUGAAUGUUCAAGGGCGAUUUUCUUUCAACAGACACUUGGGACACCCUUCCCAGCCCUCCUCCGCCUCUGCCUACUGUUAGCCAGUUUUUAGCAUUAUAACACGCACUGAGCGUAGGUGACGAUCAUAAAACAGGUUUUGUUAAAUUUUCAGCGUGUUUUAAAAAUGCACUUUUUUACCAUCUAUGCUCUUGCAACUGGAAACGCUUGCGCUGAAACCAUCGCUUUUUACCGUGCGUGUCAUAAACCGGGUACCAAAAUAAAUACGCUUACGGCUAUAUUAAACCGGAUCAUCACUUCCUAUGAUAAAGGUCCAAUUUUGGUACCCGCAUACGAUAUGCGCAGUUCAAAGCAGGGACUAAUUCUCAGGGAAGUGUUCCAUACAAAUAAAAUUGAUCAAUGUCUGAUAGUUAUUGAUUUCUUGUUAAUGUUAUAAUUAAGUAUUUUGACAAACGACCUUUGGUUUAUUGCUAUAUUAGUCUUUGUGCCUUGUGUUUAGUUUAUGAAAUUACUAAAUAUAGGCGAUGUCGGCGACCUAAAUCCAACGUCUAACCGACGUCAUAUCCACAACGUAUAAUAGACGUCAGACUUAGACGUCUAGGAGCCGUUGGAAUUAGGUUGGAUAGAUAGUCUGUUGAAUGCUAUUUUUGUUAUAAAAUUAACUGGUACAAUUUAGCAAAACUAGUAUAAUUUAAAGAUAUUUACUUGUUUUCAUAAAGGCCCGAACAUGCGCUUUUUUAAUAAUAUUUCAUUCACAUAUCAAAAAUUAUUUAAGAAAUAAUAUAUCUCAUCGGUGAUUUGUCGCUGAAUAAAUCACUGUUUGUCGUUCAGAUGCGAAGGAAUUAUAUCACGAGGGCGUAGCCCGAGUGAUAUAAUGCUACGCAUCUGAACGACAAACAGUGAUUUAUUCAAGAGCAAAUCACUAAAUGAGAAAUAUUAUUUCGAUUCUAACACGUUAUCAAGGACUUUAAAGUACACCUUGUCGGCAUGCAUUAAAUAUUUGCCCGUUUUCAAUCGGGUUCUUUUCCAGCGCGCCGUUAUGCCGCUUGACGCUAUGACGUAAUAGUUGUGACGUCAGAACAGUGAAUUGUUGUUUAAUAAAUCACUGUCUCCAGCCUUCUUUGUUUAAUAGGAAAAUGAAUCGGAUCGUGUUAGAAUAGUUAUGUUACCAAAUUGUAUGAGAUUGUCUAUUUUCAGAACUAGAAUUUUUUCAUCAAUUUUAAACUGUUCAGGAAAAAAUCCAUUCUAUAAACAUGUAUAAAUCAUUCUUGGUCUUCUUCUACACAUGUUGUCUAUUAAUCCUUAGCCUGCUGGCGGCAGUGAUUCUGCUAUUGCGACCAGUGCAGACCAAGAUCAGCCUGCACAUCCCUUUUAACAGUUAAUGGUACUGUCCAAAUUGGAAGAUGGACAAGUUCAUUAUAGAAAUUUAGCGGGGUAAGGGUUAAUCAUACAUUUGCGAGAUAAGCCGCGGAAUCGGUUUACACAGUCUUCAAGUAAUUUGAUAUUUGUUGGAGGUUAGAUGGAGCAACUUUAUAAAUACUUUACACAAAGGGUUCCUCAACGUGAGUAACAGAUUUUGAAAAUUAUACUUAAUUUUAGUAGUUAUACUUGUGCAUGUUACACCUUCUUUGCUUACUUUUUUCAUAGACAGAUGCAUUAUGUUUGUAACUGAAAAAAAUGGGUUAUACAAAACUUCAUUACAUUCUACGAAGGUAUGGAAGAUUUUCUACAGAAUUUAAAAUAUUACAUGUUUACAGUAAUUAUGUUCUUUAGUAAAAGCACUAGCAUACUAGCAUAAUUAAAUGAUGAAACGGAUGAAUCUCUCGAAUUUCAUACAUUUCACGUGUUGAAGAAUCAUGCAAAAAUGACCAAACUUGAAAGUUUCAAUCAUUGGAUUACCUUUUGGACUUAUUAUAUUAGAUUUAGGUCGCCAUAAUAUAAAAUAAAGAUGAGAAAAUACAUGUGUUGAUUACUUGUUUUAUCACAGAUUACAUUGAAAAAUGGUCGGAUUUUGGCUGGAUAAUGGUUGGGUUUACGUUGGAAAAUGGUCGGAUCGCGACGUCUAGCCAACGUCGGGAUCCGACUUCUAAACGGUUUGCAAAUCCAACCAAAAUCCAAAGUUAAACCGAUGUCGGGAUCUGACGUCUGUACAACGUCUAGCCGACGUUAAAUGUUUACUGAGAUAUAUUGUGUAAAAUGUUGUCCGGGAUUCAUCUAAACGAGGGAAAAUUACAAUGAUGAAAUUAAAAUCACCUCUCUAAACAUAAAUAAAUACUUCAUACAUUGUCUUGAUUAAUACUUUGGUUUCUUCUUUAAUUUUAGUUGAUUAUGGAUCAUGGUUCGACUAUGUCUUGGAUUGGGAGAAAGCAAUUCAUGAAAAUCCCAAAUAC